AUGUCCUCACGAAGUCCACGUUCACGAAGUCGAAGCCCAUCAAAAAAAUACAAAAAAAGUCACAAACAUUCGAGAAAAUCUAGUGAUGAAGGUUCACCACCAGCCAGUAAUUUGUCGAUAAAAACGGAAGAAGGAUCAUUGACUGAAAAUAAUUCUGUUUAUAAAGCACGGCUUCCUUCUGUUAUGUUACCACCAUCAUUUUUAGCUAAACUAGAUGUAAAAGAUGAUGAAAAAACUAGAUCACCAACUGGUGAUCAAUCGCCCGCUGAAUCAACAAGUAAUAUUACACAACCAGCAAGAAAACGUAAGCGACGUUUUGGCGAUGAAACUGAUAGAGUUUUUCUACCGAACAUGCCAACAACUAUUUCAGCUACUACUAUGACAGAUCAACAACAAAAAAUUUAUGUUUUACAAGUUCAAAUCGAAGAAUUAACACGACGCUUAAAAAUGAGUGAUUUAGGUAUUUCAACUAAUUCUGAAGCCAGGUCUCCAUCACCCGAGCCAAUUUAUGAUCAACAAGGAAAACGGCAAAAUACUCGUGAAGUUCGAACAAGACGAAAAAUUGAAGAACAACGCCAUCGACUUGUUACUGAAUUACUCGUGCUCAAUCCUGAGUAUAAAGCACCAGCUGAUUAUAAACCUACGCAAGCUAAAUAUAUUGAUAAAGUAAUGAUUCCACAAGAAGAUCAUCCAGACGUUAAUUUCGUUGGAUUAAUUAUUGGACCACGUGGUAAUACACUCAAAACAUUAGAAAAAGAAACAAAUGCUAAAAUCAUCAUUAGAGGUAAAGGAUCAAUCAAAGAUGGGAAAAUGGGUUUAGUCAAAUUUGGGCCACUACCAGGUGAAGAUGAACCGUUACAUGCUUAUAUAACCGGUACUUCAUCUGAAAUAGUAGCUAAAGCUGUUGAGAAGGUGAAACAAAUAAUAAAUCAAGCUAUUGAUGAGCCUGAGGGAAUGAAUGAAUUACGUAAACAACAAUUGCGCGAAUUAGCAUUACUUCAUGGAACAUUACGUGAAAAUGAUUGUCUCAUAAAACUGAAAAUAAUUGAUGAAGCUGAAAAAAUUGUUACAAAUACAAUAGUAUGCACAAUAUGUGGUGGAGCUGGACAUGUAACAAGCGAUUGUAAAUUUCGUAAAAAACCGGAUGGAACAUAUGCAGAAUUAAAUCCUGAUGGGUCUCUUAUGAUUAAUGGAACAAAUAGAGCUGAACAACAAAAACUUGAUUGUGAAUAUCAAUCAUUAAUGAAUGAAUUAACUGGUAAAAAAGAUUCUGAUGUAAAUUCUUUAUCAUUAGAAGAUAGAAAAAAUCUAAUGAGUGGAUCAAGAACAAAUGGACCAACAUUAGCUAUAACAGGUGGAAUACCACCAACAAGUACCCCGGUUAUUGCUCCAAUGCCAUUUAAUAAUCCUACAACUACGAAUAAUAAUGGAAUGCCAAACACGAUCAAUAAUUAUAAUCCUCCAUCAUUGAUGUCUCUUCAUACAAACAAUACUUCUUCUACUACUAGUACGACUAAUACUACUACUACUACUCAACCGCAAACAUCAACAAAUUAUUGGAGUAAUACGGGUCCUCGUUACAAUAAUAAUGAUGUAUUCGAUGGUCAUUAUCUUCUACGAAGAAAUAACCGAAGUGCAAAUUAUUCAUCAUAUAUUGAAGGUGAUUCAUAUCGUGCUCAACAUAUACCGGCGUUGAUGGAAAAUGGAGGAAGUAAUAGUAAUAAUACAAACUCAUCGACAUCAUGGUCGAAUCCUCAAAAUCCCCAACAACAGCAACAAUGGAGUCAAUGGAAUCAAUAUAAUACUGCUAUGUAUUAUCAAAGUGUUUAUCAACAACAAUACUAUCAAAAUAAUAAUGUUGGCUUCGUACCACCGUUACCAAAAGCAGCACCUCCACCGCCGCCACCACCACGUUAA